AUGGCCUUCGCUACAACCAAUGAUGCCCGAGAGAUCUACUAUGAAGUGCACGGAACCACCGGCCCGAUACUGGUACUCGUCUCCGGCUAUAUGGGCAUUGCCAAUCUGUGGCAACCGUUGAUUGCCCGCUUGAGCGCCAAGUACCGGUGCAUUGCCUACGACCUUCGUGGAUAUGGACGGUCAUCGAAGCCUGAAUCUCCGGAAACAUACAACAUUCCCCAGCACGCUGCAGACCUCGACGCCGUGCUAAAGGCUGCCAAGAUCAAUGAGCCCGUUGUCCUGGUCACUCAUUCGAUGGGGGGCAAUAUCGCCUCGGCUUAUUAUCUGAUGAAUCCGACCAACGUCUCCAAAAUCAUCUACACUGCCACAUAUUAUGAUGGCACGAGUGCGAAACAGUUCUUCCCAUUUGAGGGGCUCACCGCAGGGGUGGAUGAGCCAUCAAAAUGCGUCGACUUCUACACUAUCCUGGGACUUGAUCGUUCGAUUGCCCUGGAAGCGGCAAAGUGGCCUGCGCAUGGCCGCUGCAACAAUGCAAGCUGCCUGGUGUCUUAUGACAUUGGUGAUGGAUACAAACGAAUUACCGUCCCUACUCUGAUUAUCUAUGGAGAAGAAGACAAAACUGUUCCGGUGGAACAGGGUGUGCAGCCUAUGGUCGACACUAUGCCAAAUUCCCGGCUUGUGUUUCUCAAGAAUGUGGCCCACUUUCCUCCGACAGAGGCACCAGAAGAAAUGGAGAGAUGGAUUGAUGAAUUUAUUGGGGCCUCUAAUUAA